AUGUCUAACCGCGAGAAAUUUGGUAUUUUAUUGUGGAAGAACUGGCGUCUGAAGAUCCAUCGUCCGGUCCGAACGAUGUGCGAAAUUCUGCUUCCGGUGCUAGCAGUAUUCUUACUGGUCAUUGCUCGACAAUUCCUUCCGAGUAAAACCGUGUUCUCUGUGGCAUAUAAUGAAUUUCAGCCAGAUCUUGAACUUAUUUCAACUUACCAUAUUGCCUAUGCUCCGGAAACGUCACCUAUUGUUAAGGAAAUCAUGGAAUCUGUUAAAAAUAAGUUAAACACACACAUCCAGGGUUAUCACAGUGAAGAAGAGACUAUAACGAUGUUACAACUUGCCAAUAACCCACAUGUGGCCGUAAUUUUUCCAGAAUCGUACAAAAACAUGACGAAACUUCCGAAAAAAGUUCAAUUUACUCUAAGAUUCGCUGCAAGUGCGACUCCUAUAACUUCAUGGAAGACUGAUCGUUUGUAUCCGGUUAUUUGGAAAUUCUGUCCUCGGGAUAGAGAAAUAGAAACAACUCCUAUGCCUGGUUAUGAUCAAAGUGGUUUCCUUGCUUUGCAAAACGCCAUCUCUGAAGAAAUAAUUGAAAUACACAGCAACGCAAAACUUGUCCCACAAAUUUACCUUCGAAGAUUUCCAUAUCCAGAUUACCGAAGCGACAUUUUACUCUCCUGUGGUUAA